AUGUGCGACAUUGGAUGUCCACAUUUACAGGAACACAAAGCGACCCAAGGAGUAGAAUUUUACAGAAUCAUAUUUUCCAGCUUCGUCGCAGCUUCCAACUCGGUAGCGAGGAAAAGGAAGGCUAUCAACUGCUUUUGCCUUGUCUGCAAAAGUAUUGACUAUCGGCUGCACAGUUGCCUGAGCUGUGUAUAUUUUGGCUGUUACAAAGGACUCCACAUCCAAGAUCAUGCAAAGCACAAAAAACACUACCUUUCUGUAGAACUUUCACACGGAAAUGUACUCUGUGUUGCUUGUGGAACGUAUGUCUAUGAUGAUGACCUCCUCAAUGUUGCUCAUGAGUUGAUGGUGAGGGCAGGGCACAGAUUAGGAAUGGGUGCCCUUUACAGGCCAUGGGAGCCAUCAGCAAAGGUUCUUGAAUUAUUGCGCCAGAAUCCACGCAGAAGAAAAAUAGUUCCUGGGGUUGCCAUUGGCCUUCGAGGACUUAUCAAUCUUGGGAACACAUGUUUCAUGAACUGCAUAGUUCAAGCCCUGACACACACCCCAUUGUUACGAGAUCAUUUCUUAACUGAGGAACAUGUAUGCCGUCCAGAAGAUCAGCCAGGAUGCCUAGUUUGUGAGGUUUCAACUCUAUUCCAAGAGUUUUACUCAGGGAACAAAGGACCUCUCACUCUUCAUCGUCUGCUGCAUAUGAUUUGGACUCAUGCCCGUCACUUGGCUGGCUACGAACAACAGGAUGCGCAUGAAUUCUUCAUUGCAACUCUUGAUGUUCUUCAUAGGCAUUGCAAAGCAUCAACACCUGCACUGCCAGAGGACGAAAGUUCAAAGCGUGAUAAUCCUCACCAAUGCUCAUGUAUCAUUGACACAAUUUUUACUGGAGGAUUGCAGUCAGAUGUCGUAUGUCAGGCUUGCAAAGGUGUGUCAACAACGAUAGAUCCUUUCUGGGACAUUUCACUGGACCUAGGACGCAGUGGUAAUAAUGUCAGUGAUGAUAGCUCCUUUGCUGCUGUUGGCCCAGAUAUGUCUAUAUCUAAUGAGUCGAAGCAAGUUAACAAUGGUCCAACCACUUUAAUUGAUUGCCUAGAAAGGUUUACAAGGGCUGAGCACUUAGGCUCCUCAGCCAAAAUAAAAUGUAAUAACUGUCAAAGCUACCAGGAAUCAACUAAACAACUUACAAUGAAAAAACUGCCAGUUGUAGCAAGUUUCCAUUUAAAGAGAUUUGAACAUUCAUCACGGCUUCAUAAGAAGAUCUCAACAUACAUUUCUUUUCCGGAACAGUUAGAUAUGACCCCAUUUAUGUCAAAUUAUCGAAACAAUCGGAAAUUGUAUAACAGUGCAGUUAGUAAUAGCAGCAAUAGUAACUGUAGUAGUGACAGCACAGGUGACUGGAAUGGUACAAGUUCAGAGCCGCUUAGUCUCACAGAUAACAGGUAUUCACUUUUUGCAGUGAUCAAUCAUCUUGGUACUUUGGAUGCGGGUCAUUACACUGCAUAUGUGAGGCAGCAAAACAAUCACUGGUUCAAAUGUGAUGAUCAUAUGAUAACUAGGGCAAAUUUGCAGGAAGUUUUAGACAGUGAAGGCUAUUUGCUGUUUUACCACAAGAAAUUGAUGGAAUUUCAGUAAAGAAAGCAAUAGUUAAAGACAUCUUCAUACUCUUAUACCAACCAGGACGCAGGCGACCUAGGUUAAACUAUGACAAGCUUGAUCGUAUAUAUUCUUUCACUUGAAAGAAGAACUCUGUGUUCCUAAUUGUGCUUCUGUGUACUCAUAGAAACUCUAUUCAUUGGGUUCUCUGGGUUUCUUUUUUUUUGCUACAAUUUUAAAAAGGUAGCCCCCGAAAAAAACAAGUAAUAAGUUAAAUGUCUUUUUCACUGGUAAUCAAUUUUUAAAAAUAAUUGUUAGUACUGGUAAGGAACAAGUUCUUUUUUUGUGUUCCUUUCUGGUUUAAUGAAAGGACUCCACAUUAGGGCCUUUCAUUCAUCCUUGAUUUUUUUGUUUUUUGACUGCAACUUGCUCAAGAUGUUGCAUUGUUUAGAUAAUCUGAAAUACUAAUCCUACAUUUUCAUGUUUUAUUGGACAAAGCUAUCAAAAAUCUGUUGUGUAUGCUGUACACAUGCAUCUUUCAUGAGCAGUUCUUACCUGCUUCUUUGUGAUAGUUCAUACUGUUUGAACACAAUUUGCUUAAUUGACUGAUUAAUGUAUCUUCUAGGUAGACAUGAUUUCUGUUAUGAGAUAAUUCCUCAACCGUUUUAUUUAUUAUGAAAUAUGAAGCAAAAUUGUUCCCCUCUCCUAAUCUCUGAUGCGAGGCCUUGUGCUGCCUUGCUUUUAUUAUUUAUAUAUCAGUUUUACACACUUGUCUACUGAGGUGGCCACUGCACUGCAGGAAGAUAUUGUAUUUAUUUGCUUAAUCAUGUAUCACUAAGCCAUUUUAUGGUAUCCAUGUAGAUAGUUUCAUUGCAGGUUGUAUACAGCUUAUCAUCUCAUUGGAGAAUCAAUUGCUAAUGAAGAUUGAAUGACGAGACUGCUCAUAUAGAACUGCGCUUUGUGAUAUUUUUCCUUUGCACAUUUUUUUUCAGAAGUGAGAGCUACGUAUUAUGCUAGUUAUACUGAUACGUACACGUUUUAUGUGUUUCCCUUUUGUUGAAUGUUGUUCAUGGUGCCACCCUUGUCUACUAAGAUUCUUACUGUAAUCUUCUAACUCCUAUCAGUGCGCAUUCAAUACUUGUUCUGUAGUUUAUCUGCCAAUCAACUUUACAUAGCAGAGCUCAUGUCUAAUUGUUUUCAAUAAUUGUUUUUUUACUUUGGAGCACUCAUUUUUUAAAAGAAGAAUGUCAAUGUUGGAUGUUUUCUUUGGGUAAGUUUUCAAAAGAGCGACAAAUGAUGUAUUGCAGCUGUGAGUGAGGGAAGUGGAUGUGGUGUAGCCUUGUGUUUUUAGCUAGUGUGAUAAAGUGCUCCGAGUAUUCUCUAUUAUAUUUGAGUAUGCUUUCAAUUCACUUGUAUAUUAUUUAAUUUCGGUUGACUAGGUAUGUUAAAUGGAUUUCUCUCUCUCUGUCUCUGUCUUGAGCUUAGACACUAAUAAUUUUGAACUGUGUUAAAUGAACUAUACCCACCACAGUUUGGAGCCCAAAAGAUAUGUGCAGUAGUAUGCACAAGAUAAUAAUUUGGCCUUUAACUCGACCAAUCAUAUGCACUUAUUGAUUCCUAUGGAUCUUUCAGUUGGUGUUCAUGGAACAUUUAGGCAGGUAUUCUGGUUUAAGUAGAAGCUGUCCCCAUUAGUCUUCUUUAUGUGACUAAUAUUCUUUGUAUAUUGUUUUGAGACUGAGAUUACUGUGUGUUGCUACAUUCUGUUUGACAUGCCCAAUUGGACUUAAGACUAGCAUAUGACUCAGCAGUAAUCAGAAAUAUCAUUCUGACUAUUUACCAAUACUACGAAUGUACUUGUUAUGUAUGUAACGUUGAGGAAUAUGAUGUUAUCUGCAUAUCAGGAGUCAACUAUAUCGCUUAAAGAUUAAAAGACUACACCCUUUUUGUACGUAUGUUGUAUUCGUUGAUGUGAUUCUGUUUGACUAACCUGUCACAUUUGCAAGUUUGUAGUAGCUUCAAAUGAUUCAAUCAGUUUUUUCUUUCUGUAUUGCUCAUUCUGGUGAAAUCUUCAAUUUGUUAUCCAUCUGUGAUAAGUUGCUGAAGAUUCCAUCAUAUCAAUCUGCCAAUAUUAAGCUUUCCAUGAAGUCAGCUCACAGUGCUUAUAUGGUUUUUUGGAGACAACCUUUAAGUAUGUAUGACUGACAAUGAGAAAUACUAUGAAGAGAUACGAAAAAAUAAAAUUGGUUGUUAAUGUU